CUUUCAAAUCCCAGGGCAGCGGGUCCUUCAAGGCUAGCAUUGCAUUUUCAAUUAGCUGCUGAGUGAAUGCUUGGCAUGUGUAUUAGUGAAGAAGCACACAAUUAGCUUAUUGUUCCUUUCUGUAUUGUGCUGAGAGGUUCCAAGAGAUUGGUGGAGGAACAGGCAAGCCAGGCAUCACUGUGGAGUUGAAGAAGGGAUUUACUCAGACCUCGGCAUCUUCACUUGCUCCUCUGGAAUUACAGCUAUUUAUUACAAAGGGCCCUGUGUGGCUGGGUGGAGUGUGCCUGAGGAAACACAUCCUGGACACCACCUGGGGCUAGUCCUUCUGAGCUCUUCCAGUCUCUGACUAAUUCUCGUCAUUAUCAUGGAGCCCAACAGUCCCAAAAAGAUACAAUUUGCUGUGCCUUUAUUCCAGAGUCAGAUUGCACCUGAGGCGGCAGAACAGAUCAGAAAAAGAAGACCUACACCAGCAUCCCUUGUGAUUCUCAAUGAACAUAAUCCUCCAGAAAUAGAUGACAAGAAGGUGACCAACACCCAAGCCGAAUCACAAAAUGCAUCCCCAAAGCAAAGGAAGCAGAGCGUGUACACACCACCAGCCAUGAAAGGGGUUAAGCAUCUGAAAGGCCAGAGUGAAUCAGCAUUCCCUGAAGAAGAAGAAGGUGUAAACGAAAGAGAGGAGCAGUGGGAACAUUAAUUACGGGUCUGCAGCAAGAAGGCUUCUUGGGAAUAACUGAACUAUUAACUUUUCUGACUAUCCCAUGGAAGGCCACUCCUUGACCUCCAGAAGCAUUCUCCACCUCUGCUCUCCACACUCAUACAAUAGUAAUACACCUCCUGGGAAGCUCUCCCUUGACUGAACUUUAGAACCAAGUACAGAUUGUUCGAUAUUACAAUUAAAGAAUAAACAUUUAUUUUACGGUGAUUUUUCUUUUUAAUGACAUUUGCAUAGACAUUUGCAAAUACGUAAGUGUUCUAACUUUAAUACUGCGGAGCUUAAUCUCUCAUGUCCUACUGAUGUGGUCUGCCUUCUAAGGUCAAAUGUAAAUAGCUUCACUUUAAGAGUAAAAAAUAAAUAUUAAAUACAUUUAGACAUGGUGUGUCCGGGUUUAACUUACAGAGGAAGUUUUUAAGGAAACUUUUAAGUUUCAUUUAUCAUGUUUCUGUAUAUAGAACCAUAUGUGGUAUUUAUUUCCGAUGAAGAAAUCCUCAGUUUCUUGAUUCAAAAGAUCAUAAUGUAUUAGUCUUUAAGUAUUGACCAUCCUUUUUCCUCCAGCAUGUUAAUGGCUAAAGGACUGCAAAGGUCUCAUUUUUCUGAGCUCUGAGAGAUAUAUUUCCCAGCAUUUCCACUAGCUAUUAAGAAAGAAAAAUGCUAAAUCUAAAAUAAAA